GUCCGCAUCCCCAUCGACUCGAUAGACCAGCCGCGAAAACUUUAUGUUUCCCUUCCCGGGAAAAUCUCAACUCACCGGAAAAUGUUCCUAUCUCACCCUCCUCAAGCUACACAACCAACUCAUUACUACACCGUCAAUUUCUCACCUCGCUCCUCUCCAAGACCACACUCCUACUCCAUCGCCUUCUACAAUCCUUCCCCAACCUCCGCCACAGGAGCCAAAACCUCCAACAACAAUCAUCUAAUCCAAUCCCUUUGCAAAGAAGGUAACUUAAAACAAGCUCUCCGCGUCUUAUCCCAAGAACCAUCCCCGAGUCAACAGACUUACGAGCUUCUAAUCCUCUGCUGCGGUCGUCGCAGCUCCCUCUCCGACGCCCUACGAGUUCACCGCCACAUUCUCGAUAAUGGGUCCGACCAAGAUCCUUUCUUGGCGACGAAACUUAUCGGUAUGUACUCGGAUUUGGGGUCGGUUGAUUAUGCACGCACGGUGUUCGAUAAAACGCGUAAGAGAACUAUUUACGUUUGGAACGCGUUGUUCCGAGCGCUUACGUUAGCGGGACAUGGAGAUGAAGUGUUGGGUUUGUAUUGGAAGAUGAGUAGGAUUGGAGUUGAAUCUGAUAGGUUCACUUAUACUUAUGUUCUCAAGGCUUGUGUCACGUCGGAGUGCACGGGGGAGCAUCUAGCGAAAGGGAAAGAGAUUCACGCGCAUCUCACUAGAAGGGGAUAUGAUUCACAUGUUUACAUUAUGACUACGUUGCUGGAUAUGUAUGCGAGAUUUGGGUGUGUGGAUUAUGCACGGAAUGUGUUCGAUGGAAUGCCUGUUAGAAACGUGGUUUCUUGGAGCGCGAUGAUCGCUUGCUACGCGAAGAACGGGAAGGGUUUUGAAGCUUUGAGGACUUUUGGUGAAAUGAUGACGGAGACUAAAGAUUCAUCCCCGAACUCUGUGACUAUGGUUAGUGUGCUUCAAGCUUGUGCUUCGCUCGCGGCGUUAGAGCAAGGGAGGUUGAUUCAUGGGUAUAUACUCAGACGUGGGCUUGAUUCGAUAUUGCCUGUGACCAGUGCUCUUGUGACAAUGUAUGGUAGAUGCGGUAGGUUAGAAGUGGGGCAGAGAGUGUUUGAUCGGAUGCGUGAGCGUGAUGUUGUAUCGUGGAACUCGUUGAUAUCGAGCUACGGUGUUCAUGGAUAUGGUAGGAAAGCAAUUCAAAUAUUUGAAGAGAUGUUAGCUAAUGGGGCUUCCCCAACUCCUGUAACGUUUGUCAGCGUUUUGGGAGCGUGCAGCCACGAGGGACUUGUUGAGGAAGGGAAAAGACUGUUUGAGUCAAUGUGGAGAGACCAUGGGAUAAAGCCACAAGUGGAGCAUUAUGCUUGUAUGGUUGAUCUGUUAGGUCGGGCGAAUAAGUUAGAGGAGGCAGCAAAGAUGGUACAAGAGAUGAGGAGUGAGCCAGGGCCUAAGGUUUGGGGCUCCCUUCUUGGUUCUUGUCGAAUUCACGGUAACGUUGAGCUUGCAGAGCGUGCGAGUAGAAGGCUCUUUGCUCUUGAGCCGAAAAACGCAGGGAACUAUGUGCUGUUGGCAGACAUUUACGCAGAAGCUCAGAUGUGGGAUAAGGUGAAGAAAGUGAAGAAGCUUCUAGAAUACAGAGGACUGCAGAAGCUGCCUGGUCGGUGCUGGAUGGAAGUGAGGAGGAGAAUGUACUCGUUUGUCUCGGUGGAUGAGUUUAAUCCUCUUAUGGAACAGAUUCACGCUCUCUUGGUUAAGUUAGCAGAAGAGAUGAAGGAGAAAGGGUACGUACCGCAGACCAAAGGCGUGUUGUAUGAUCUUGAGACGGAAGAGAAAGAGAGGAUAGUUUUGGGACACAGUGAGAAACUAGCGUUGGCGUUUGGGCUGAUAAAUACAGCGAAAGGAGAACCGAUAAGGAUCACCAAGAACUUGCGUUUGUGUGAGGACUGUCACUUGUUUACAAAGUUCAUCUCAAAGUUUAUGGAUAAAGAGAUUUUGGUUAGAGAUGUGAACCGGUUUCAUCGGUUUAAGAAUGGUGUUUGUUCUUGUGGAGAUUACUGGUGAUAAUAAUACUAAGGGGGCUUUAUACGUUUGUUUGCUUGUGAAUAAUAAGCAAGGGAGAGAGAUGUCGACUUGAGCCUCGCUCUUGGACCUAAUCAGGCCAAAGAAAUAACAAGCAGGUUAGGCUUUAAAAAAAUUUCAUGUAAUAUAUGCCAACAAUAUCUGUUGGGAAUCAUGAUUCUUAUAGCAUACAUAUUGUAUUUUAGGGGGUAGAAUAACGUUUCCUCAUCCCAUAAACUCUCUAUGGAGAACUCGUUUAAGAUCGCUACAACUUUACUAGCAAUACAAC